UGGCAACUGGUUGCUAUGGGUGAUGUGACACCACUACAUGCUCAUCUUGGUGAGGGAAAGAGGGAGUUGGACCACAGAGGAGAGGAAUGGAAGCAGAGAGCAGCAGAUUUGAUUUUGAUUGCUGAGCAAAAUCGGCGAGCCGGGUUGAAAAGUUGUGAAAACCAUCUGUGUCUGGGGUGGAAGCUGUCCGUCUCUCUGGUUAUUUGGGGUCUCCAUCACCACCCACUGAUGAAUCCUCUUCACUAACAACAGAAUGGCUCUAAACAGGAACCUGUUGAUUACAAACGUGGUGAAAACGGCCUUGUGCCCCUGACCCGUGCCGGAACGCUGGAGAGGAUGGCCGAACAUCUUCACAGCAGCACGCUGUCUGCGUCUGGGGCCACCCAGCCCAUCCCUUUCCUCACGCUGGAACAGAAGGCUGCCUUCGUCUUCGUGCUUCUGCUCUUCAUCUUUCUGGGGCUGCUGAUCGUGCGCUGCUUCCGCAUCCUCCUGGAUCCCUACAGCAGCAUGCCGAGUUCCACGUGGACAGACUAUAUGGAAAAAGACACGUUUGACUACCGCAUCGCCUGAUGGUUACCUCACACGCCACCUCAGAGCUGACUGUACCCCUCAAGUGUUGUUGUGCAGUGAUGGUGGUUUCGUGUACUCGGCGGUCUUUAAAAACUGCACUUAAACAUACAUAAGUCAUGUUGUUACAGGGUUUUUUAAUGGCAGGUUCUGCGCUUGCAGAUUUCACCACAAUCCACUGAUGUCACGUUCAGCAUAGCUGAAUAGUACUAGCGAUGACUCAUUUGUGUUUUAAACCAGCCAAAUAGCUUUAUUAUUGUAAUUAAAAUUCUUUUCUACGUCCGAGGAGCAACCAAUUAAGAAUUGCGAAAUUAUGAAGAAAUUAGGUUAAUCCACUUUUGAACGAAUCGUUCCACACUUAUCAUACGAAGCAUGCAGCAUUGGUUCCGGGAUUAUUAAACCCCCCGAGCUCAUCGGAUGGAGACUUUCGCCUUAUAAAUCUGUGUGUUUACAGAAUAGCAAGAUAAACUGGCCUUGCUGUUGUUCAGCUAAAUGUCAAUCAAUGUACUGACCUACCAGCCUCUUUGGGCAAUCUGAAUGUUAUGAUUUGACAAGCUCUUUGUCUCCCCGCCUCUCUCUACAGUGUUCUUAAUGGAAUGAGUCUGAUGUUCUCCAGUAUUUGCCAAUGGACUGUUCUUUCAGAUGUUCGCCGUCCUGGCUUUCAGCACAGUCUGGUUUUCCUGUGAUUCGCAUAAAACGUACAUGUUCAAUAGAAACGAAGCUGAAAUAAACAGGUGCAAUAUAUGUCUAGCGUACAGAGGAGGUCGAUAUCGCCGUUUAGGUGCAACUUAGUUCAUGCUUUAAAGUCAGUACUGCUGGGGCAGUGGUGUUUAUCUGGGGCUUGUUCUUUACCCAGGACACUGAUCUCCUGUUUUCACAAUGCACAUUGUGUCUUAGCUGAGUGCUGUGUCCUGUAUAUUUGAGCCUUUAAAUGCAAAGAGAUGCUGUUGACUUUAUUCAAAGAGAAAUGUGCCAUGUAGUUUACAAGUGGCUUUUUGCUUUUUAAUGUGCUUUUAUAUUUGUUUCGGAAUA